CCUGACCUCACAGGCACAGAAUGUGCCGAGAAACAGUUUUCCCUAAUUGCUGGGAUUUUUGUGGAGGCUCGCGGCGCCCGCGGCGGGGAGGGGUCAGGCAGAGGGGACACGCCGGGUCGUUGUAUAACCGUCCCACACCGGAGCACCUCGAGCAGGGGAACAAUGAGCCCCCUCGAGCCCCCGCGGCAGCUAUAUAGGGCCGUGGAGCUGCAGCCCGGCUCUGGCAGUGCCCGCGGGGUCGCGGCGCGCAGCACCAUGAGCGGCGGCUGCGCCGGGGCAGCACCAUGCUCACCAUCACCUACCUGCUCGCCCAGGCGGCUUUCAGGAGCCGGGGGCUGGUGGGGCAUCAGUGCCAGGAGUUUGAGAACGCCGAGGGGGACGACUACGUGACGGAGUUCUCGGCCCAGGGCUCGCCCGCCCCGCAGCAUGGCCCCGAGGUGUACGUCCUGCCCCUCACCGAGGUCUCGCUGCCCAUGGCCAAGCAGCCGGGGCGCUCAGUGCAGCUCCUCAAGUCUGCAGACCUUGGGAGGCAGAGCCUGCUGUACCUGAAGGAGAUUGGGCAUGGAUGGUUUGGCAAGGUAUUCCUGGGGGAGGUGAACUCAGGCAUCAGCAGCACGCAGGUGGUGGUGAAGGAGCUGAAGGCCAGUGCCAGCGUGCAGGACCAGAUGCAGUUCCUGGAGGAAGCACAGCCCUACAGGGCCCUCCAGCACACCAACCUGCUGCAGUGCCUGGCCCAGUGCGCCGAGGUCACCCCCUACCUGCUGGUGAUGGAGUUCUGCCCGCUGGGUGACCUGAAGGGAUACCUGCGGAGCUGCCGGGGGGCUGACUCCAUGGCCCCAGACCCUCUCACUCUGCAGAGGAUGGCAUGCGAGGUGGCCUGCGGCGUGCUGCACCUGCACAGGAACAACUACAUCCACAGUGACCUGGCCCUGCGGAACUGCUUACUCACAGCCGACCUGACCGUCAAGAUUGGGGACUACGGACUCUCACACUGCAAGUACAAAACCCUGCAUACUUGGCAGGACGACUACUUUGUGACGGCCGACCAGCUGUGGGUGCCGCUGCGCUGGAUUGCGCCCGAGCUCAUCGAUGAGGUGCACGGCAACCUGCUUGUCGUGGACCAGACCAAGGCCAGCAACGUCUGGUCACUGGGUGUCACCAUCUGGGAGCUGUUUGAGCUGGGCAGCCAGCCCUACGACCACUACUCCGACCGGCAGGUGCUUGCCUACGCCAUCAAGGAGCAGCAGCUGAAGCUGCCCAAGCCCCAGUUGAAGCUGUCGCUGGCGGAGCGCUGGUAUGAAGUGAUGCAGUUCUGCUGGCUGCAGCCCGAGCAACGCCCGACAGCUGAGGAGGUGCAUCUGCUGCUCUCCUACCUCUGCGCCAAGGGUGCGACGGAGGCAGAGGAGGAGUUCGAGAAGCGCUGGAACUCCAUGAAGCCCAACGGCAGCGCCAGUGGCAGCCACCACGGCACCGAGCUCUCCUCCUUCCCUCUGCUGGAGCACUUCUCGGCCGACGGCUUCCCCUCGGACGGGGACGACAUCCUCACCGUGAUGGAGACCAGCCACGGCCUCAACUUUGAGUACAAGUGGGAGCACACCAAGACCGAGCACUUCCAAGCACCCCUGGGCUCCCUCAGCCCCAGCAGCGCCGCACGUUACCAUGAACUCUAUUACCCAGCAGCAUCUGCGGGGCACCUGAGCCUGGGGGUCUCACCGUCCUGCUAUGAGUGCAAGCAGCAGGGCUGCCCCAGCCUGCCGCCACCCAGCAUGGUGCCCAUCCUGGGCGCACACAGCCCCUCGCUCGGCAGUGAAUAUUACAUCCGCAUCGAGGGCCCGGCUGAGGGCAGUGCUGAGAUGGACUACGCCAUGUGCUCCUACAGCCCCGAGGGUGAGCGUGGCUCCACGUCCUGCUGGAGAACCCAGGGCACGCGAGAUGACUCGGACAGCAGCCCCACUGCAUCGCUGAGCAUGGAGCCGCUGCUGGGCCGUGCACCGGCAGGUGAGGGCUCGUGGGAGUGCGCCGAGUACUACCCCUAUGCGGGGCAGGAGCAGCAUGGCUAUGUGCCAUCCCCCGGCCCUGAGCGGUUCCUGCUGGAUGAGGAGCAUGCUGAGCCCAAUGACAAGGACUGGCCCGUUCCCGGCUUCCAGCACAGUGUCUUCGCCGACCCACUGGGCGUCUCGCCCUCACUGAACUGUGCCUACAGCCCCCAGCGCUACAGGCAGCCUCCAGCACAGGGUGAAACCCAUCCGGACUGCGUGACGCUGGAGCUGGGUGAUGACAGCCCCCCUGGAGCUCCCAUCCCAGCAGCCCCCCAGCAGCAACCCUGGGCCUCCAACAGCUCCUCCAACAACAACAUUGGCAGUGGCAGCCCGGCCACCCGCGAGCCCGCCGACAGCUGGUGCUACCGCCGCAUGAUCACCUUCCGCGGGCUGAUGGCCAAGCCGCUGGGCACUGUGCCACCGCGCACCCAGCCCCAGCUCGGAGGGUCUCCGCCGGGCAUCGAUUUCCGCCGCCCACGGCAGGAGCAGCCCCAGCCCCCCGGCUCCUCCCAGUGCCGCUCGCCCUCCCCGCAGAGCCAGGCCUGGCAGAGCCGUGACUCAUCAGCCUCCGGCCGCUCGCAGGCAGCAGCGCUGGCUGGCGGCCCCGACGCGGCCCUGGAAGCCAGAGCUCAGCCGUGCCCACAGGAUGCCCACCCGGCUGAGGGCAUGGAGCGGAGCAGCCCUCCUCGCAGCCCCGCGCCCCACGGCACAGCUGGGACGGGCCCUGGGGAGGCCACCCUUAUGGCCGGCACGGUGCCAAGCCCUGCUCCCACCAGGGAGCCCGGCAUAGACGGUGCCCAGUCUGCGCUGGAGGGCCCUGAGACAUUGGUGUCUGCAGAGGCGGCUGCCGAGAGCAGCGCGUGCCUCACCAGCGACGCAGAACGCACCCCAGACAAAACCUUCUCCAGCAGCAGCUUCCCUGGUGGCGACGAUGGCAGCGAUGAGGACACGGCAGAGCUGACUUCGGGAGUCUUCACCGACUUCUCCGGGGACUACAUGGAGCGGGCAGACGUGGCGCCGGCAUUCAAGUCCUUGCAGAAGCAGGUGGGAACACCGGACUCCCUGGAGUCGCUGGACAUCCCCUCUACUGCCAGCUCCUGCGAGGUGUUCAGCCCCACCGCCUUCACGUCCGCCGGGCAGCCCAAGGCUGUGGACAGUGGCUACGACACAGAGAAUAACGAGUCCCCUGAGUUCGUCCUCAAGGAGCCCCACGAGCCCCGUGAGCCCGAGGCCUUUGGCCAGAUGGGGAAGCCACCCCCGGGGCUGCCAGGAGGGGACGGGGACAGCCCAGCCCCCGAAACGCGGCCCUCGGCAUCCUUUGGUACUGAGCUGCAUGGCCUCUCUGAGAAGAACCCCUACCGUGACUCUGCCUACUUCUCUGACUACGACACCGAAGCUGAGCGUGGCCCCAAGGACGAGGAGGACAGCGAUGGCUCCGAGACCCCAGAGGCAGAGAAGGAGGGGCCCCAGCCCUACAUGCAGGACAUGGUGCAAGCUCCCGAGCUGGGGGAGGACACACUGCACCCCCCAGGAGCACCUGGCAGCCCCCCAGCAGCCCCCAGCACAGUGCUGGCAGCCGAAGCACUGGACAUGGGGGUCUCUGUGGGGGACUGGCGGGGAGCAGAGACUGGUUGUCCCACGGUGCAGGAGCAUGGCACUGAGCUCCCAGCACCAAGCAGCUCCCCAUGCCCUGAUGGUGAUGUGCUGGGGGGCUCUGUGCCAACCAAGACUUUCUCCUUGUCCCCGGUGCCAGACAGUGAAGAACCAGUGCCGGGCGAAGGGACCCAUGAGGCUGAGAGCAUCCCUGGACUGGGAGAACAUGUGGCUGGGGGUGAACAGACUAUGCCCCCUGUGCCAGGCCUUGGGGCAGCGGGGCUGCCUCCAGAGGGCACCAGGGUGGGCAUCACGCCUGGAGGGGAUGCGCCCGGGGGUCCCAGCACGCUGCCAUCAGGGGAUGAGACAUCGAUGGGUAUCUCCAUGCUCCCAUCCACCCCUGAGCGCCGAGAGGAGCCCGAGGAGGAGGAGGAGGACACAGAGGACAGUGAUGAGUCGGAUGAGGAGCUGCGCUGCUACAACAUCCAGGAGCAGAGCGAGGAGAGCGAGGAGGAGCCGGCCGCCGUCCCCAUUGUGGUGGCUGAGAGCCACAGUGGCAGGAACCUGCGCAGCCUGCUCAAGAUGCCCAGCCUGCUCUCCGAGGCCUUCUGUGAGGACCUGGAGCGCAAGAAGAAGGCCGUGUCCUUCUAUGACGAUGUCACCAUCUACCUCUUUGACCAGGAAAGCCCCACACGGGAGCUGGGCGAGCAGAGCUUCCCAGAUGUCCCCGAGCCCUCGGCGCAGCCCCCAGCCAGCAGCAGCCCCACCAGCCCUGCCAGCCCCACGGAGAGGCUGAGCGCAUCAGAUGACUCCUCGGAUGGCAACGCCUCAGAAGAGAGUGGAGGCUUUGAGUGGGACGAUGACUUUCCGCUCAUGCCGGUGAAGCCAUCCCUGAUGUCCUCGCUGACGCCGGCAGAGCCUGACCCAGCCGUGCCCACGCUGGUGCCAACCCCAAAACAGGUGCUGCCCCUCCAGUUCUCCCGCUUCACAGUCUCUCCUGCCCCGGUGUCCCGCUUCUCCAUCACCCACGUCUCCGACUCAGACAUGGACUCCGUAGGAGGCAGCAGCGAAGAUGGUGAUCGGGAAUAAGCCAGCGUGAGCCUCGCCUGCCUGCGCCCUCAGCACCGGCGCUGGCUCCAGGCACCGUGCUCUGUUUUUUAGACAGAUGGGGUUGGAAGGAGUUUGGGGUGCUGCUGGCUGGAGCCGGGCACAGCCCAGGGUGAGGCGGUGUGUGCCAGCGGUGCGUGUGCGAGUGGAUGGCUGCGUGUGUGUAAAUAGACAUAUAUAUAUAUAUAGACAUAUAUAUAUAUAUAAAAUUAUAGCGUUUAAAGGGUAGUGCCCUGACCUUGCUAACAUUUGCUCAGUCCCCCCUCAUUGACGCCCCCCCCACCCCCACCCCACAUUGGCUUUCUCCCCACGUGUGCUCCCCAAGGGGGCUUCUUUGUCCCCACCUGCACCUUGAUGCCCCCCUGUAUUCCCCCCCCAUCCAAGGCUGGCAAAGCCUUUCAGCCGCUGGGGGGGCUCGGUUGGGGGGCUGCCCCCUGCUUUUAGCCAGGCCCUUCGAGGACCAGUCCCAGCCCUGCAGGGAACCCCGAAGCUUGAGGGGUUCCCCACCUCCCUGAGGCUUUUUGGGGGGGAGAGGGGGGCUGACCUGACUAUUUUUGUAUUUAAAUAAAAAAAAACACACACACACACAAAAAAAAACCCCCACAAAACCAAAACUCGCUGUUGACAGAACUCACGUUGCCGCGGUUUUAAGUUAUUGUUGCCAAAGAGAUGUAAAGAGUUUGUGGAGGCAUUCGGGGGGGUUGGGGGGGUCGUGGUUGGUUUGUUAUUUUUUCUGUUGUUGUUGUUUUGUUGUUUUUGUUUGUUUUUUUUUUUUAAAUUCAUUUAAGGCUUAGGAUAAUUGUGCAAUUCCAGCUCCCAGGAGGCUGUGGGACUAAGAGGAGCCUAUGGGAACCUUGAGAUCAGGGCUGUGUCCUUGGGGGCUGAUAGACCAAACCCUGAGGUGAGGAAUGCCCCCCACCCACCACCACAGCCCCGUGUCCUGCAGCCCGGGCUGGCUCCCGGGGGGGCCGGGGCACACGCACACACACACACACACACACACGUGUACAGCCAUGGGGCUGCGUGCCCAUGGGAUGGGGCUGCUGCUGGAGGAUGCGAGGGUGUUCUCUGGCUCCCAUUGCACCCAUCCAGCCUGCAGCUGGGCCGUGGCGUUUUAGGAGAAGGCUGCAGGAGGGGUGCCACCCCCUUAAAGGGAACAAGAGGUUCCCCCAGCCUCAGCCCCACAAACCAGGGUGGGAGGAGGGGGGGGGGCUGUGCCUCCCCACUGCGCACCCCACACCCUUCCCGACAUAGCGAGCCCAAUUCCUGCUUGAUGGAAGUGUAUGAUUUCAGCUCCACCCCCAGCACAAGCGCUUUGCAUUGCAGCGGGGGCCUCCUGACCCCUACACCUGCAGGGGCUGCUGGAGCCCCCCAGCCCAGGGUUUGGUCUAUGGCAGAGGCAGCCGCCUCUGGAGGGCAGCACGAGAGCACAGCUGCGUCCCCCAGAUAUGAUGAUGAUGAUUUAUUUAUUUUUUUUUUUUUAAAUAGAAGAGCUCCUCUGACAUUGUAUAUUUUAUCGAUACGGGUCAUUACUGCUGUAUUUUUUAUCAGUGCUGAUUUCCAUACAGCUCCCAGCAUGUGUGUCAGACAUCAUCGGGCCGAUAAUAAAGUUUUUAAAAUAUCGUA